AUGAGUAAUCAGGAUCUUACCGAUGAUGAGAUUAGACUCUACACCUAUAACGAGCCUCUGAACGACAACUACGUCUAUGUGUACCACCUGGAUGCGAUCGAUCUUGAAUCACGGCUGCCCCUUGAUGUGGGUCGACAUGAUGCCGGAUACGGGGCCGGGCUUGGGGGCUUGAACCGACUGCCGAGAGAGUUGCUCAUCCGAGUGUUGCUAAUCUUGGAUAUACCGACCUUGACUGCGUUCCGGGCUGUGAAUAAGCACACCAUGAAGACAGUCGACUCGCUGUACGAGUAUUCCAUGGUUACCAAAUACUGCCCUGACAUCCUUCGUGCGAUUCUUGCGCUGGACGCUCGAGCAUAUGGAUUAGGGCGGUUGUUUGAGACACUCUGCAAGACACCCUGUCGAUGGUGUUGUGAGUUUGGGGGGUUGGUACAUCUGUACACAUGCGAGAGGACGUGCGAGUCUUGCUCGUGCUACAUAAUGAAUACCCCGGUUUCAAUACAAGAAGCAGCACGAAUUACAAAGUUGCCACACGACAAAGUAAAGGGCUCGUAUCCUUCCAUCCGAUCUCUUCCCGGGUACUACGGCUAUAAGAGACCAGAUCCAGAGGAUAUGCAAGUUGUACAACAAAGACUACUAUUGUUUGACUCACUCACCCUGCACGGCGGAGUUGCUGGAAAAGUCAAACUGGUUGGGCCAGAGUCCAUCAGCAAACUUCUCCCAGACGAUGACGAGCAAGACACUCGAUUCAUGGGCCUCAUAUCCGCGCCAUACUUUGAAGAGUCACGAGACGGCAAGAAGAAGCACGUGGCAAACUGGGGAUACUAUUGUGCCGCAUGCCGGUGUCAGGGGCGAUCCGUUUUGCAGAAGUUUACUCGACGAGGGCUCGUGGAGCAUAUUCAAGAAGACGGCCAAAUACUAUGGGAGAAAGGGAAUGAGAUAUAUGACAUAACGAGUCCUGCUGCUGCUGGCAGCACUCCGGGUAAUUUGAGGGAGGAAGGAUACCGGGCGAGACACGAUGAUCCCCACGUUGAAGUAGAUGUGGGUGAUUAA